UGGUUAUGUACUCGUCUAAUAUAAAUACUGACGUAUUUCGACAUACGUACUAUUAUAACCCGAGUAUUCUACAAAGAUAGUACUAUAUUUCCGCAAUAUCCUAUAGCCGCCGAGAGUUGUUGUACCUACGAUACCCGCCUACUUAAUAUUAUAGCUAUUGAUAAACGAUUAUUGAUGCCAGUUAUACCACAACUCACUUCACUGUCCAUGCCGUCCACGGGUCCCACGUCGAUUCGUCAAAACAAGAGCGAAGCCUGAAGAAGUCAAGACUCUCAAGUGUUAUGUCAGGUCCAUCUCAGACUACAAACCAGCGUUUCACGAUGAAAUAUUACAAAAUCGAAAUUAACAAGACCGAAUGGGAAGUACCCGAUAGAUACCAAAUGCUCACUCCUGUUGGUCUUGGUGCCUACGGACAAGUUUGUUCAGCUGUUGAUAAUCAGACUGGGUUGAAAGUUGCCAUCAAAAAGCUUGCCAGACCAUUCCAGUCAGCAGUUCAUGCUAAACGUACCUAUCGAGAGCUUCGCAUGUUAAAACAUAUGAACCAUGAAAAUGUAAUUGGAUUAUUAGAUGUUUUCACACCUGCAAAUACUAUAAAUAAUUUUAAUCAAUUGUAUAUGGUCACUCAUUUAAUGGGAGCUGACUUAAACAAUAUCAUACGUACACAAAAAUUGUCUGAUGAUCAUGUUCAGUUUCUUGUUUACCAAAUUUUACGAGGUUUGAAGUACAUCCAUUCUGCUGGAAUAAUCCAUAGAGAUUUAAAACCAUCAAAUAUUGGCGUAAAUGAAGAUUGCGAGCUAAAAAUAUUAGAUUUUGGAUUAGCAAGACCAACUGAAAGUGAAAUGACUGGAUAUGUGGCUACCAGAUGGUACAGAGCACCUGAGAUAAUGUUAAAUUGGAUGCAUUAUAAUCAGACAGUUGAUAUUUGGUCAGUAGGCUGUAUUAUGGCUGAACUUUUAACAGGAAGGACAUUAUUUCCUGGUACAGAUCACAUACAACAAUUAAAUUUGAUUUUGGAAAUAUUAGGCACUCCAUCAAAUGAACUGAUGCAAAAGAUAUCCAGUGAAUCGGCAAAAAAAUAUAUACAGUCUUUACCAGUAAUGCUGAAAAAAGAUUUUGCUGAAGUAUUCAAAGGAGCUAAUCCAUUAGCAAUUAAAUUGUUAGAAGAAAUGUUGGAAUUGGACGCUGAUAAAAGAAUGACUGCUGAAAAAGCACUUGCACACCCAUACCUGGCACAAUAUGCUGAUCCAACUGAUGAACCAAAUUCACCUCCAUAUGAUCAAAGCUUUGAAGAUAUGGAAUUAAAUGUAGAAAAAUGGAAAGAACUUGUUUGGGAAGAAGUUGUAAGUUAUGUUCCGUCCACACAAUUAGAAUCAACAUAAGUCACUUCAGCACAUUUUUGAUGUCUUGUAUAAUUAUUUUUGCAAACUAUUGUGAAAAGAAUGCUCAGCUUUAUUAAAGUUUUAUUAAUGUUUAUAAUAAUUAUAUUUGUAGAUUAAUAUUUUGAUUAUUGUUAUUGUUAAAUAAAU